CCCCGCCCCAGCGUAGCUCAGUUGCCUCCGGACAGCCACGCUGUACACUUCUACUCUGUUGAAACGUCCGCAACCCUGCUGCUGCCUCGAUCCACGCCGCCACUGGCUCACUCCGCCUCCUCGCCCACUCAUGGGGAAAAAUCUUCACAUCCCAGCACUGACAUGCGCGGUGGACUCAGCACAGUCAGAGAGGGGACGUAAAUAGUUUCCAAAUAAACUGAGUCACUUCCGCGCCAGCAACGACUCUGCCAGAAGCUCAAACGCGCGCACACACAUUUGCCGACCACCUCGCAGUGGCAAAACCCGGGCGCGCGCACGUUUUGGCGGGAAAAAGUUUACAAGUGAAGUGUGACAUGCGCACGGAAUCUUCAAGACUGGAGACAAGUUCGUGAGUUUGUACAAGACUACGAGAAAACUUUUGUGAUUGGCUAACGACUCUGCAAGGCGACUUAAACUCUCACAAGUAACUCGCUCGUCACCGCUAGAAAAACCUCUCCCGGUCGAGGGGCAUAUCGUCGUUAGAAUUUUUCUAGAGCAAUUCCACUUGUAGACGGAAUAAACAGAACUACAUCUACGCACAGGGUCCUGGUCAGAUACAUGGAUCGCGGCAAUAUAUCGUGCAGGGUUGAGUUGCCUCGAUAACAAGAAGAGGGAACUCUGAAGAAGCAAUAGCCUGACGAAAAAAAUUCUUUAUAAGGCAGAGGCACGUUAAAGAAAGGAUGAUAAUGCAGUUAGCAGGGGAUUCUGACAUCGGGCCGCUGGCUCUCGACAGGGAAGAAGAAGACUAUAAAGAAAUUUCCCAUUCUGACACCUCCAUCAACGUCGCAAGGUGGGCGACGUUCCGAGACAGUGAGGGGCGACGAGACAGUGAAUAUAGCGACGUCCCAGACGAUCAGCGACCGCCCUUACACAUUUCGCUCGCCGAGAUCUCAUUCAUCAUCAAAUUAUCGAAAGCAAUGAACUCUGAGGGUAUGUUCUGUGACUGUUUUAGACAUUAUUCCUCCUGUUUUGAGUGCUCCCACUGUUGGUGUAUUUAAAAUAUUGCUUGUUGCGGUGUUGGCCGUGAAAACUGCACUCUUGUAUUUUGAUGAUGCAAAUCUCCAUAUUUUCUUUGGAAAGUGUGAUGUUUCGGAUUUUUUUUUUUUGGGGGGGAGCUCGUUCUUUUUAAGAACGAGGCGGAAGGACUGAAGAUACUGAAGCGAGAAAAUUAAUUGUGGGAAUCGGGUAUAGGAAGAAUAUAUCUGCGUUUAUUUAAAGAGCUAUGAGCAGGUGUAUCUUGCUACCUACUAUUGUCACCUUAUUAAAUAUCUGGCUAGAAGCCUCUCCCUUCGUCAUAGCUGAUUGGUUCACUUCAUGCGACAGCUAUAACCGUGUCCUAAAAAAUUUCUUUGACACCUAAACAGUGCACCCUCAUU